AUGAAAUUCUCACAUUCAAUAAUCCUCUUCACGGUUGCCGCAAUCUCCGCAGCCCCAGUUGCUAUGCCCAAAGCUGCUGAUGCCUUUUCUUACGCCUCCUCUUCUGCCGGUGGUGCUUCCUCUUUUGCCGGUUCCGGUUCUGGUUCUGGUUCUGGUUCUGGUUCUGGCUCUGGCUCUGGCUCUGGUUCUGGUUCUGGUUCUGGUUCUAGUUCAGGCUCUGGCUCAGGGGGGACCUAUGUUAUUGUCAGCGGGACUCCUGGGUCCACUGCCACUUCCACAACUUCUGGAAGUGACGGCCAAACAGUUCAAAUUUCAAAUGGUAAUAGUGGUGCAAGCGCCUCAACCUCAGGACAAAAUGGAGCAGGUAUUGCUGCAGUUUCUGGAGACGGAGGGUCCGGAGGAAUUAGUUAUACUAAGGGCUCAGGUGUGACUUAUUAUCAAAGCUCAGGAAAUGGAGUGAGCGUUUCUGCAAGCUCUUAA